AUGAAACCUCGUAAAUGUGAAAUAUGUGAGUCGCCAACGGCUAGAUCAAUUCAUUUUGGAGCACGUGCAUGCAAGGCAUGCGCUGCCUUUUUCCGUCGAACAGUUGCCUUGAAUGUUGUUUAUGAAUGCAAGGAACCGACCCCUUGUGUAAUUCACUAUGGUAAGCAACAAACUUUGGAAAAUAGAACAUUGAAUCAAAUUAACUUCACGUUAACAUUAUUAAUCAAUAUUUUGUAUUUACCUUUUCUCAUUAUUACAGAGAAGCGUAUGUGUUGUAAGAAAUGCCGCUACGACAAAUGUAUCGCUGCUAAGAUGUGCCGAGAAUUGGUGAGAUCCACUCGAGGAUCUGAUCGAAACUCUUCACACACUCCUAAGGACUGCGAAGCGAGUGUUCAGAGUACAUCUUUUGACUACAAUGGUUACACGGAACCAACAAUGUUUCCCUCUCCACCUACGCAUCUUCCAGAUCUGCCAAGGAUUACCCUAGGGCAGAAAAUUGUAAUCAGCCACGUUCCAUUCGCAGACGGUGGUAAAGAAAGUCGCAGGCGAGUUAUUGACCACUACAAACGGAUUGAAGCGGAGCUGAACAAUCGGCGAAGAAUUAUGUACACUGACACGAAGAUGAUUAACGUUUUCGCCACAAUGUGCGAAUGUCCCUAUGAGAAGAAGCAUCUUAAACCUUUGAACUACAAGGAAUAUGUCGGAAAUUCGCGGUCAGAUUUUAUUAUGCUAUACGAUUAUACCAUCGCUUUUAUGGAGUUCGACGAGCUGCAACCAUUUGAGAAGCAAGCGGUCUAUCGGUACGUCUGUGGUGUGGAUAACCUGCUCAACUCAGCAUAUUUCACUUGCUGCCUUGCCUAUGAAGAGAAGCUGAUGGUUUUGAACUCGUGUGAAUACCUCUGCGUUGACCCCAUGCCAAUGACUGGCGAUGAGCCAUGGGCACAGCAUUUGUUCACUAAUAGCGAAGACUUGGAUAGAUAUAAAUCAAUAAUACCACGAAAAGCGGCACUGUGGCAAAGUUUGGUAGUUCCAUUUCAUGAUCUCAAUCUUCAGUUUGAUGAGUUUUGUCUACUGAAGGCACUUGUCACUAUAAACUCAGCGAAAGUGGGCGGCGAGUAUGCAGCCGACAGCGCAACCUCCUCAUCAGAUGUCUCAAUGAUCUCGCCUUGGAACGAUCGAGUCAUCCAGAAGAAUGGAUGGGAAACUUGA